CCUAAUCUCUUGAAAUAUAUUUUUUUUGUUGACUGAAAAUAUUUAUAUAACUCUGGUCUAACUUAUCAAUGCUGAACUGAGGAAUUUCAUAUUGUUAUAUUAAGAUUAUAUUGUAAUUAAAAGGAUUUAAAACGAACAACAAACCUUUUCAAAAAUGUUCCUCCAACUUUUGUUAUUACAAUUCUUUUCAAUGUAUGACCAAGUUUUCUUUGAUUUUAGUUGUAUCAAGUGUGAAAUUUAUCCUCCUAGGUUAGGCUCAUUUUUGUCUUGUUUAUCUCAUAGACAAAUAUGCCGUAUGUACCGGUAUACUUAAUAGCAUAUUCGAAUGUUGUUUCUAGUAUCAUAUAAAUGGAAUUUAAUGUAUUUUAGAAAUAUAAAUCCAAACUUUUGAUCAAACAAAAGCUAUCAAAAUAUUGAACUAGAUAUGAUAUACCAGUAUAUUUUGCGCUAUGUUGUCUAAUUUUUUGUGUCUAUUGUUUAAGAUUACAAAAUAGAAUGAUUUAGUUAAAAUACUACACAUUUGACGAAGAUGAGAUUUUUCAAGAUUGAUAUGUUUUGUGAACAGGAUUUAUAUCUUUGACAUAUAAUGGAUAAUAAUUGAAGACUGGAUCUGAAAACAUCAAAAUCUACAAUGUCAAAUCCUACGUUGGAUAUUGUUGGCCUGGUAGUACGAAGAAAUUUGAAAACUCUGAAAAUAGAAAACGACACUGAUGUCGAUGCAUUAGUUGAAAAGCUGUCUGAUCUUACUCAUGUUAGAUUAGAUAGAGAAAGAUUGACUUCUGUUCCUUUGCUGGACUUUCUGCCUUGCAUUACCAAUCUUUAUUUACAAUGUAAUCACAUACAAGAAAUGGUUAACUUUUCCAUUUUGAUUAAUUUGCGAUUUUUAACUCUGGCUGAGAAUCAGAUCAAUGAAGUGAAAGGAGUAAAAGACUUGACAAAUUUGGGAUUUCUUGAUUUAAGCGAUAAUUGUAUCGAAAAUUUAGUUACUGAACAAUUACCAAAUAGUUUGAUAAUAUUAAAUUUGACUGGAAAUAGAUGUAUAGAAGCAUCUAAUCAUGUUGAAAACAUUUGUGACAAACUGCCAAAUUUAAAAUUUCUCAAUGAAAAAUCGGUUGAUUGCGUCCUCAGCUCGGAUGAAGAUGAGAGUGAUGACGAGGAAGAAUUGAGUGACAAUGAGGAGGAAUCUCGAAAUGAAAAACCUAAAAAUAUUGAUGAAGACACUCAGAAUAAACCGGAUUUUUAUGCUAAACUUACCACAGAAAUAACUGAAUCGCUGCAUAAAUUUUCGACUGCUAUAGGUAACGGAGAAGUGAAACUUAAAGAUGAUUUUGAUUAUUUUACUUCUAUACCAGAAAGCCCAAUUCCAGAUAAAAAUGUUGGUUUUUCUGAGCAAGAAAUUCGUCAGUUGGAGAAAGAUACUCGAAUUACUCGUGCAGAUUUACCAAGUAUUAAAAGUCCUAUAAGAAAAAUAUCUCCACGUCCACCUAGUGGUAAAAGAAUCGGAAAUACAAAUCCUAGAAGUCGGACUAAUUCUGCUAAAGAAUCUCAGAAACCAAUCGCAAGAGUGCGAACACCGGGUGCUAGACCAUUCAAAAGAGUCGUAAAUUGAAAUGAAUCAAAAUUUUAUUGUACAAAUAUUGCUAAGGCAUAUCAUGGCGAAAGGAAUUCCAUUUUGUUAUCAGAAUUUCAUGUUGUUUUACUCCGGAAUUAAAAAAUAUUAAAUUAUGUAUUCAUAAUAUGGAUGUUGUAGUAAUAUUCAGAAUGAUAUAACGUCUAGAAUUUGGAUUAUUGUAAUAUAAUAUCCUAAAAUUAUGAAUCAUCUUGUUAGUAGCCAAACAAUUAAACAUGUUUACGUUUCUAUCAAGUGUAUAUAUUUGUAUGAAGUUUUCUCUAAUUUAUGUUUAUUCACCAAGGGUAUAAAUUUAUCGGAAUUGUGUACAAUGUAUUGUUGAUGUAAUAAAAUUUAAUACGGGUGAUUUUUUCUUGGAUUCUGACGAAUUGCAGUGAUACAAUGUCAUUGUUUUCAGUUAUAUCCAAAUCCAAUUUUUGUAUUAUCAAACCAUUUCUGCUCUAGUAAAAAUGCUCUUUUAUGAAACAAUCUCUUCUGCUUUUGUCAUGCAUUGCUUAAUUUGUGAGCUACAUGGGAAAAAAACUACGGUAUUUGGGAUUUAAAAUUUUAAUUUUUUUGAAUUGGCAUUUUACAUUAUCUACCGUAAUACUUUUUGGUAUCGUAAGGAAACCUCGAAUGCUGAAAUAAUAACGAAUUAAUUUGACUUUUAUAUUCCAUAAUGUGACAUUGCUGGAAAUUUGCGAAGUGUUUUUCUUGUUCUUCAUACUUGCCAACAUUCAGAAUAAUGCUUUUUUUCUCAAUGUUGUAUUUAUUUUGAUUGGAAAGCUGCUCAUAUUUUGAUAUUUUGUAUUUCCAUGGGCACAUACUAAGUUUUUGUCUGUAGUCCAGUUGGUUUUAUCCUAUCUUUGAAAUUAAUACUACUAACACCCCAAAUUCCAAAACAUCAACAAUAUAUGUUAUGCCAUCUAUACUUCUGGUAUAUGUAAAUAAAUAUGUAAAUUUUGGUGUUCAAUAAUCCGAAAUAAUAGCAGUUUUUGAAUUCUGACUAUUGGUAGUUAGCAUUGAUAUGUUUAUCCAUAAUUAUUGGUAAACAGAAUACUUCUUUCAUGAUAGAUUUCUAAUAUAUCUACGUUGUGGGUAUUCUUAGUAAUAUAAACUUUCAUAUGCACAUUUUAUUUUUGUAGA